AAAGACAUGCAUAUGCAUGUGCAGUGGCUGUUUCCCAAUAUGUGUACACACCCAUGUCAAAAAGGAAGGUUAAGCAUACUUUCUGUUUCAGCUCACACAAGGAGGUUAGAAGAGAAAAGCCAUGGCUGGUGAGUCUUUCACUGUUCCAAGAACAGGUCCCUGGGAAGAAAGAGUUUUGGAAGGGGCUGACUCUUCUGGAAGCCAUAAUUAGUAUCUGUGGAAGUUUAGACAAGAUCCUGAAGGAGAAGAGAAAGCUGUUUAUCCAUUCAGUGGGUGAAGGUACAAUAAAUGGCUUACUGGAUGAAUUAUUAGAGAAAAUGGUGCUGAACGAGGAAGAGAUGGAGAAAGUAAAACGUGAAAAUGCUACAGUUAUGGAUAAGGCCCGAGCUUUGUUUGACUCUGUUAUUCGGAAAGGGGCUCGGGCAUGCCAAGUUUGCAUCACAUACAUUUGCGAAGAAGAUUGUCACCUGGCAGAGAAGCUGGGACUCUCAGCAGGUCAAACAUCUGGACAUCACCUUAGUAUGCAAGAUUCUUCAGAAGUACUUCCUUCUUUCCCAGGUAAUGCUGUUUAAAGCAAGAGCAUUCUUUGACCCUCCAUCUUCCUUGACACUAAUUUUGUAGGAUGAACCAUGGGUAAAUGGGCUAUGGAGAAUUUUCAUGGAUUGAUUGUAUAAUUUUCUUUUCAUCAUCUAUUCUGCUUUUGCAGAAACUGUCCCACAGCUUCACUAUCCAUGUUUAUAUUAAAAAUUCUGAAUUUGUGUCUCAAAUCCUAAUUACCCAAAUAAGUACCAAAUUUAUUAUUUAAGCCUACUGAAAUAUUCCUUCACAGCUCCCAGAGACACCCUUAUCUAAACAAUUUCAGAGCUGAGUAUGCCAUUCUUCCCCACCCUGAUUCUCUUCCGUUUUUGUGUAACUUGGGUAUUGGUGCUACCACCACCAGUUGUUCAAACCAGGAACUUGAAACUCAUAUGGAACACUUUCUUCUCAUGUACCUUCAAUAUUCAAGCCAUGGCCAAGUUUUAUGCAGGCUUUUCUCAAAUUUGGAACCAUGUCUCCAUUUUUACUUCUAUUAUUUUAUUAAAGAACAUUUAUUCCUAUAGUGCCCUAUUAAAAUAAAAUCAACUUCUAUCUGAAAGCAAUUUAGAGGGUAGGAAUGCAAAUUAUUUAUCAGUUUCAGAUAUUUACUGAAUUUAUAAAGGUUGGUUAUCUCAUGAAUAUUUUCUUAAAUGUUUCACAGCAUGGGAUAUUCAACAUAUAAACAAAUACUGUAUUCUUUACUAUGGAAAAAUAGCUUAAAAAUCACCUAAAUACUUCUACAUAUUUUUUCUAUUGUUUUCACACUUCUUUAUGAAGGAACCAAACAUUUCAUCCACCAAAUGAUUAUUGUAUAAUUUUCUCCAAUAUAGCUAUUCUAAUUAGUUCUUUUCCACAUCAGCGUAUUUCAUGCUGCCUUUGUUUAUCUAACUGACUGUGUAACAGUUUUUCAAAUUUGUUCUUAAAGUUAAAUUUUUUUUCCUUAAUAGUUUCUAAAAGAUCCUCCACAUAUCUAGAAAACUUAUUUCUAUUUUGAAACAAAGAUUACAUUAAUUUCUUUAACAAAUACAUCACAUUGUCAGAUUGUGUUGAACCUGUGAUAAAAUAAAAGCCUCAAGGAUUUUCUCUCAUAAACUCUGUUAAAACAUUUCCUCAUAUGUGUGUGUGCAAUCAAUGUUUAGUGCUAUGAAUCCAUCUAGUGUGCACCUUGAUUUUAGUAUUCAUCUAUUUUAUAUUCAUUCUAUUUUAUAUAUUCAAUAUUCUUAUCAUUACAUAUG